AUGGCAUCCUUUGAAGGAAAAGUGAUUGCAAUUACCGGUGCAGCCUCCGGCAUGGGGCUUGCAACAGCGAAGCUCCUCGCAUCUCGCGGCGCACUCAUUUCGCUCGCUGAUAUCAACGAAAAAGCAUUGGGAGAGGCAAUUCAGUCAUUAGCCAACCCUGAAAAGCAUAUUACCACCGCUAUUGAUGUGCGCAAGGGUCAGUCAGUGGAAGCAUGGAUCAAAUCCACUGUCGAGAAGUUCGGCAAACUGGAUGGAGCCGUGAACAUGGCCGGAGUGAUCACCUCAGCUGCCCCAAUUACCGAGGAAACUGAAGCGAAUUGGGACUUUACUUUUUCUGUGAACACCAAAGGCAUCUUUCUCUGUUUGAAGGAGCAGUUAAAAGUAAUGAAGGCCGGCGGUAGCAUUGUCUCUGCAGCAAGCGUAUUUGGUCAGAUGGGAGCACCAGGGGUCUCUGCAUACUGUGCCAGCAAAGCUGCGGUUAUUGGAUUGACGCAAACUGCAGCAAAGGAGAAUCAGCACAUUCGCGUUAACUGUGUUUCACCUGGCUCUGUCAAUACUCCACUUUCUGCUAGUGAAGACCCCGAGGAUGUAAAACGGGGUCUGCAGAAGACCGCGCAGAAGCGCCAGGCUGAGCCGAUCGAAAUUGCCAAUGUCAUUGCAUUCCUCCUUAGCCCCGAAGCAUCCUUUGUCACUGGGGCAGUGUACAAUGUUGAUGGAGGCUGGAUGUGUUAG